UAUUGCAAGCGAGGUCUUGUUUCCUGGGGGAAGAUGAAAAACGUAGCACAGGUGGCGACGCAAUAAAUACGUUCAUGCAUUUUUGAAGCUUACCUACCUGAUAUUGGCUCAAUCAGUGAUGGGAUGGAGUUGAAAUGGGAGGAUCUCCAGUACGGUGGCACCGUUGGCUUUCCUCGAGACCUGUAUGAUAAGUACUCUUUGGCACCCACCAUGAAAGAACUAUGUGCGAUAGCACAAAUUCGUUCUCCAGUAAAGGCUGAAGUAAAACCAGAGCCCAAAGUAGAAAACGUCCACAAUAAACCAGACUGCAAUCCCUCGGUGGAGCUAGAGAAGACUACCACUCAUGCAAAACAAGUUUUGCCAGAGCCCAAAGUGCCUUUCCCCCGCCUUUCCAGCAUGACAUUCAAAGAGCAGGUCUUAUACAUGCGAUGGCUGAAGCAACAGUUGUCUCUAGACACUAUUCCAGAUGUGAAUUUUUCACAAUUGCAAGAACGUGUGAACAAUGAAACAUCCGAGUUCAUGAAGUACCUGCAAGAUGUGGCAAAGAUUUUUGCCGAUGAAUACAACUACAUGUCCAAAGGAGCAGCUCGGUACUCCGAGGAGUGUCUCAGAGCCAGCCUCGAAAUGGUGAAGAAUUACCCACAGCUCUAUCUCAUCCAUGAAAUGACCAGCAUAACAGGGGGCAAAUUCAACCCUGGCCUGUCCCUCUACCUUGAGAAACAACUGUUGACUUUGGGAAAUGUGAUGAUGGUGGCACUUCCUUCUAAAAAGCUACCAAAAAAUGUUCAGUUAGCAGAAGAUUUUGAGCCAGUGUCAUCAGAGACUCCACCAGUGAAGAAAUCAAGUUGGAUACACACAAGCAUCAGUAAUGACCUGAACGCAGAGAAACUAUACGCAAGAUAUGAACCACAUGUUUGUAUGACCAGCCAGGCUUUUCACAGACUUCUCAACAACCACGGCCCAGAAUACAGUGAGCAGUGGGAGAUUCCUGUCUGGGUGAAGAUGACAACUGGGAAAGAUCCCAAGAAAGAGGUGUACAUUGAUUCACCUCUGGUGGAAACGGAGAUGACCGUGAGGGAGAAGAUCCGUCUCUUCCACGAGGAGAGCAUCAAACUGGCACUGAGGCGGCCCUUCCCGAAGAACGUGCUGGAGCUCCUGUUGGACAGAUCGACAUCGGAUUCCACGGUUGCAUUACCUCAGGGUGAAAGGCCAAGAGUCGAAGAGAGCCAAAGAAGUGUGAUUUCUUUUGCCAAUGACAGCAUUGACUCGGACGUAGACCUCACAGACCUAGAGACCUUCGGCGAAUCAACAGCCAAGAGCCUGAAGGAACCAAACCCGUCUGGGAGUGCUGUGAAAUCGGCACUUGCUGCGGUCAAAAGCCCGCCCCAAGAAGGACCCCUGCCAAGAAAGAGGCUGAAAGGCGAGCCUCCUGUGGAGUGUCCCUCAGACCGCUCCGCCUCUGGCGAUUCGGACGAGGAGCGGCUGGUGAUCGACGCCCCGCCCUCUCCCAGAAGCAGCUCCUCGGAAACGGCCAGGCCCAAGCCCCCGAGCACGUCUGCCACGAAAGAGCCUGCUCCUCCCCCCGAUUCCACCCUCCACGCCCCCAGCUCGCGCUCAUCGGACGGCGUCCCUGACCCGCUGAAUCCCCCCGCCUCGGACACCCCGAGGUCCCCCUCCCCAGAACCGAGCGGUCGGGCCGGGUCCAGCGACGCCUCGCCCGCCACCGGCGAGAAGGCCAGGAGGGCCGGCAGGAGAGCCGCCCCCAGGGCGCCGCAGGACUGCGACCAGCUGGGGCAGAUCCUGCGCAUGCAGAGCGCUCUGCUGAAGCCCAGCCCCAGCCCCGCCCAGGACCCCGUGCCCUCCCCCCCACGCGGGGCCACCCCGGGUAGCUCCGCCCACCCUGCUCAGAGUCACUCGCAGUCCCUGGUGAAGACGUGCGUGUCGUCCUACCUGGAGGCCAAUCAGGGCCCGGUCCAGGGGGCCUCCGUCUGUUCGGCUUCAGCUGCCCCUAGUCCAGAUAACAACCAGAACACUGCAGAGCGCAAGAAACUCCUGUCAGAAGAGCUGAUGCUCAGUGAGGAGGAUAAGCUGGACUAUGCGUGCCCGGAGGAGGGGAACCUGCUGUAUCGCCUGUACAGCCUGAAGGACGUGCUCCUCAUGGUGCGCAGCAGUGUGCCUCUGGCCCGGUGGAAGAUGAAUGAGAAUGUGUCAGAGGUUCUUCCUGUACACUUUUUGCCAAAGUUACAGUACCAGCUGUGUUAUGGCAUAGAGCGCCUCACUAAGAGUGAAGUGUGUCAGUUAUGGGCUGAGAGGCUGCUGCACUCCAGCACUGUCUCAUAUAUAGGGCACAUCGACCCGCUCACGUCGAUGCUGUUCAAGACGGAGGAGCUCUCGCCUGAGAAGAUGGCCAAGGCCUCCUGUGGUUUUGUCCCUGCCAGGCCACUAAAUAUCCUCCACCAUUUGAUCAAAAAGGUUUCUGGUUUGCAGGAGGGGAGGUACCUGCUGUGCCACAAAGCGGGGGAGUCUUUUGUCACCAUCCUGAAAGCGUGCGAGGGAACGUCGACAACGCGGGCGACCUAUGACCUGCACCAGGCCCACGCCCACCUGCCUCAGGCCCCGCCCCACGCCCCUAUCCCCUGGGUGCCUUUGGACCCCACCCACAUGCUCCCUUACCACAUCAAGUACAACCGCGUCCCAUGCACCUUCCCACCAAGGCCAGCUUUCCAGGCGAACAGGACGAGACCCGUGGUCACCAGGACGAAAAGGGGAGGGAGCGGCGGGGUGGAUGAAGCGGUGCGAAGGAGAGGAAACGACAAGCCCAACUAAGCCGAGCACAGAACACGAGAGACCGAGCGGCGGGGAGACUCCGCGCGCACGGGACACGGCUGAAUGAACAGGCGUCCAUUUUCCUCAUCUGCUGCGUGUGCCAAGUCGGUGGAGACUGGCAUGCAGCUAUUUAAAAACUCAUUUCUAAAUCAGUGAUGCUUUCCCCCCGCUGUAGGUAUUUUCUUUUUUUUAUAAAAUGCUGUGCAUUUUAAAGUGUAUUGAUUUUGUCUCCCUUUAAGGGUUGAAGCUUAAUAAUGUAAAAUAUAUCGGACAUUUCCUCCAUAUUCAAAGGUUUGUUAUGUCAAUUCUGGAUUUUGUUAAAUUAUUAAACUUUUGUUUUUGCAUUUGUAUUUAAAA